CAUAUACAGCAUGAAUUCCAGGGUCUUGAGGUGGUAUAGGACUAGAGAGUACAUGAUAUCUCAAACAUUUCAGUUAUGGAAUCUGGAAAUGUGAGUGGUACCGAUAUUGGCAGUGAUGAACAGACGCACCAAGUAGCUACUCCUAGUGAAAAUAGUCAUGUUUCUCCAGGCAAAAAGUUGAGAUCCCCCUCUCAUUCAUCUUCUUCUACUGGUGAAGCCGUCCAAUUGGGUUCACAUGGAACCAGUACAUCGAAUGCAGGCGUUAACUCUAUGCUGAACAGCGGACAAACCAGUGAUGGUUCAGCCACACCAAUUUCUCCAACACAGGCCACGGAACAACCUGCUGGAGGCCUCCCUUCCGGAGCUUCAGAUAGGAUUCCAGCUCAUAUCUUUUCUAGAACAAGUACUGCAGGCCCCACGGAAUGGAGUGUUGCUUCCAACGAAUCAUUGUUUAGCAUUCACAUGGGGAACACGAGUUUCAGUGCAGACCAGUUACGUUGUAUAACGAAAUCGGGUGAGCUUGGUUACACCAUUGAUUACACCCUUUCUGGUCCAUUGGCAGACAUUCCAAGUAAUUGCCAGACACCAACCAAAAACUCAACUGAAAUUACUAAUAAAAGUGGUAACUUGAAUGAAGGCCGGUAUGGUGUAACUGAAGCAGCAGCAGCUGAAACAAUGAGGGAGGUUUUGAUGGAGAAAGAAUCUCAGCAGAAGGAAAAUAUUGCCAAGGAAUCACCUCAUUACCGUAGUAUUUCUCAGCAUUCAGAUGCAAGUGUCAAAUCUUUUGCCUUCCCUAUAUUGACAGGAGAUGCAGAUAAAAGUACAAAGAUUAAAAACCAACUGUCACGGCCCUCCACCCCUAAAGCAACUUCAGAGACCCUUCCAGAAACCCCUAAGCCACAGAGCCCUCCGGGAACCCCUAAGCCGGAGACCGCAAAGUCUCAGACACCUAAAGCAACACAAAAUGCAGGUAAAAAAAGAUGGUUCUCUUGCUUCUCUUGUUGCCCAUUCUGCUUUUGACAGACACCGCAAUGGAAUGAUUCAAAAGGCAUCUGUGGUUUCAAGCACCAUGGAUUCCCUGUUAGUUCAAGUUUGGGCUACUUUUCACUGUCUUUUGUGUAGCUUUGCAGUUUUUCUUCCUGUUGUUGGUUAGUC